AUGAAUAGACAGCUACCCCAGUAUCCGCCGCGCAUGAUUGCGGCUACCGAAAUUGUGUCAGUUAUGGAACGAGCUAUAGCCAAGGUAACGACCACGAUUGACGAUAUCGUGAACGGGACCGAUCCGUCUAAUGCAACCUUUGAAAGGGUUAUUACUCCGUAUGUCGCGGUGCAUAAUUCGUUUCAAGCUGAGAUCGGCGUCGUCUUUAUGCUCCAAUACGCUGCUCCAGAAAAGGUCACUCAAGAUGAGGUGUCUAAGGCAGUACGAUUGUGGUCUGAUGCACUGUCUUCUUGGAUGAGUCGCAAAGACUACUUUGCCCUUCUCCAAAGCGUGGAAUCAAGAGAUCAGUCCAUCGACCAGGAGUCAAAGCUUUUGCUGAAUGAAAUGCUGCUCGACUUUGAAGAGUAUGGGCUUGGACAGCUAAAUGACGAUGAGAUGCACCAAUUUUUGCAUAAGAGUGCCGAAAUUGAUGAUCUGAUUAUGAGGUUUCAGCGCAACAUGGCCCACAAUAACAACGGGCUCUGGUUACAAGAAACAGAUCUACGUGGUGUUCCUGAAGAGACUGUCAACAAGUGGGAGUCCGAGACCAAUGAUUCAGGAUCCUCAAGAAAGUUCGUACCAUUUGCAAAUGGUGGGACUUCGACCUUGGUAACAUACGCGAGUACACCACAGGUCCGUCGUGCAAUGUUUGAAGGGGACCACAAAAAAGCCCCAGAGAACGAAUCAUUACUCAAGGAUAUUAUAGUAAAGCGCCAUGAGCAGGCAGUCCAACUUGGCCACAAAUCACACGCAGCACUUAGGGCCCAAAGGCGGUUACUUAAGUCCCCUGCAGCGAUCCGGGACUUCCUGGAGAACUUGAAGCCUGAUCUUAUGACCCUCGGAAAGGCUGAAAUCGAUAAGCUCAGCCAUUUGGAAGAGGAGGAUGACCUCAAGGAGAGCAAGAAUGAGAAUAACAUACUUGCAGCCUGGGACCACGCUUACUAUAGCAAGGUCCUGGAAGAGCGGUUGCAAAUAGACCAUAUGAGGAUCUCUGAGUAUUUUCCACUUGAGCACGCUGCUGAAGCGAUGCUAGGUGUUAUGAGUUCAUUGUUGGGCCUUCAGUUUAAUGAAACUAAAAAGGCCGAGCUGGGCGCAGAGUAUUUCUGGCACGAGAGUGUCCGAGCGUUCGCGGUAUGGGAGGAGAACUAUACAAACUUCGUCGGAUAUCUUUUCUUCGACUUAUUGUGGCGCGAAAAUAAAUACAGAGGCAACCAAAAUGUUACGCAUCUAUGCGGCUAUGAGGACUUAGAUGGAAGUAGACGGUGCCCUUCUACCAUAUUAAUGUGCUCGUUUCCAACUGCUAGCGCCGGCCGGCCUGUUUUGCUCAAGCAUCGCGAGGUUGUAACCAUGUUCCAUGAACUAGGACAUGGAAUCCAUAACCUCGUUUCUAAGACAAAAUACGCUCGAUUCCAUGGGACAAAUCUACCCCCCGACUUUGGAGAGAUACCAAGCACCCUACUUGAGAAUUACUGCUGGAUGGCAGACGUAUUGAAGAGACUGAGCUGUCACUACACAAACCUUAAGCCCGAGUAUCUAAGUGACUGGCAAUCUCGAAAUCCACAUACCCCAAUUCCUUCUAGAGAAAUCCCAGGCGAGCUUAUUGACCCGCUCAUUAGCAACAGAUACAUGAAUAGGGCGAGUUAUCAUUUGAAACAGUUAUCGAUCUCUCUUUUCGACCUCGAGAUUCACAGUGUAGAGUCUUUGGCGGAGGCGGAAGGCCUCGAUCUUCGAGACUUGUUCUAUACUCUACGCGAGGAUUGCGAGAGCCUUAGCUUCGGUGAUCUACGGACCAGAGGCUCUUGGUAUGGCACAAUACCACAUCUAACGGGGGGGUAUGAUGUUGGGUACUACUCGUACCUAGUAUGCACUGCCUUUGCGCAGGACAUUUUUCAAACAAGCUUUUCCAAAACCCCUUGGGACCGGAAGAUGUGGGAAAAGUUCAGGUUUGACAUUCUUCAACCUGGAGGGGGCCAUCCUGACAUGAUGGGAGUGUUGAGCGACUUUUUAGGCCGUCAACCAACCCCUAAAGUAAUGGUGAAGACUUUAGAGUGUGCCAUAGCUUAG